ACAGACGGACACUAGCUAGCGCAGGUGGUCCACGUAGUUUAUUUUAAUUUUAGUAAACUUUACAUAAAAAGGUGUUUUAUAUAUCAAACUCAACGUUUUCUUAAUUAUUAGUUCGUUUAGUGAAAUAGUUCUAUUUUGUCAAUAGGAAACAGGGAUAUUUAAUUCGUUGAAGUAAUAUACCUAACAGAAGUGAAUACAAACAAAAACUUUCUCGUCUUAUCAAUUUCGCGGUGUCAAGCGCACAAAUCUGGUUAAAAUGAGUUGAAACAGCAGUAAACGGUACAUUGGGACACAAUUGCUAUAAUUUGUGCAAAAAUUGGACUUCAAAAUGACCACGAACCGGUUUCACAAAGCAGCCAAAGACGGCUUGCUAAAAGUGCUACGAGAAGCAACGCGGAAGGAUUGCAACAACAAGGAUGAGUCUGGCAUGACUCCCACUCUAUGGGCUGCAUUUGAGGGACACAUUGAGGCUCUAAGGUUGCUGUGUGGACGAGGAGGUGAACCAGACAAAGCUGAUUACUUCGGCAAUACAGCACUCCACCUUGCUGCAGCAAGAGGUCAUAAGGAAUGUGUGACGUUUCUAGUAAACUUUGGUGCCAACCUGUACGCAAUGGACGUGGAAGGACACACGGCACAAGACCUAGCUGCUAUGAAUGGACGGGACGAUAUAUUGAGGUAUUUGGACGCGGCUAUUGGCAAGUUGGAGAAUAAUGACAAGAAAAAAUCGAAAUCACAUAAAGAAAAAGCAAAGAAGGACUACGAAAAAAUCCAGAAACAGUAUCAGAAACGGCAAAAAGAAGCUGAUGCAAUUGCGGAAAAAGAACUAAAGAAAAUGUCAAAGGAGUAUGACGGGUACGGAGAGGAUAUUAGCACCAUGCCACAUCGGCCCAGCACCGUGUUAAUGGCGUUGAAACAUAAGAUGACACGGUCUACUAGUCAUGGAAAUCUAUUAGACGAACAACCUCGUCCAACGUACAGCGCGCUGGUUGGUACUGUAAACUCCGGUCCUCGCGGCCGUGGCGCGGUCUAUAAGAAGGCUUUGGCCAGCAAGCUGCGCAAUGGCACCGUUGGCAGAAACGGGCCAACUGAUGACUUCAAGGUGGGCGAAGUAGAAACAACAGGGCGCCGUUCUGUGACGUCACUGAGUGGGUUGCGGCGAGACUCGGAAGUGAUGUAUGUAGGCACCUUCAGUGCUGGUCCACAGCAGCGGGGAAACGUUGCCAACGUUUUCACUGAGACGGAGGAAGCUAAAAAAUCUACGCUCACUAGGUCCGCAAGUCAACCGGACUUCUCAGUGCCGGCGGGUGAGGACAGCGGAAUCGGCCAAGAGGUGCUCCUCCAAGAACCCGCGAGUAUAUUCGAUAGGCCUGGCUUCGGCAGUGUUGCCUUUAGACGGUCGAUAACAGCUACUCUAGGCGCGUUGCCACCUACUGGAGCAACUGGCACGGGCGACCGAAGCGCGGUGGGCGAGAACCUGUCCAUCGGAUCUGCGGGGUCCCUUGCCCGACAUGCGUACCAGCCCGCUGACUGGAAUACUCCACAUUCCGAGAGUUCAACAGUAACAUCAGAUGAAGAAGGUGAGGCGGAAGAAUCAGGCUAUGCAUCGCUAGAACGGUUCCUUACGGCCUUUGGUUUGUCUCAAUACAUUCAAAAGUUCAAAGAUGAGCAAAUAGACCUCGACGCCCUAAUGUUGCUCACUGAAAGCGACAUGAAGUCUCUAGGUCUACCCCUAGGACCGUAUAGGAAAUUAGUAAAUGCUGUACACGAGAGGAAACAAGCUUUGUCACACCCUGGAGCUAUGAUUGAUACCGCUAUAUAAUUAGUUUUAAGUAAAUGAGGUGUAAAGGUAAAAUGCUCUCAUUUUUAUUGAUCGUAUAUAAUGUGCACUUCAUCUUUCGAUCUUAAGCGUGUAUUGAGUGCUUUAAAACGGAGUGAAUAGACAUAAACCGCUGGGUCAGACACGCAAAACACGUUAUACUUAAGUAGAACUCCUUGUUAAAGAGUUCGUCCUGGGUAGCACUGCCACCUUACCUAUUUCUGCCGCCAAGCAGUAAUGUCAGCAUUACUGUGUUCCGGUUUUAAAGGGAAAGGGUACUGGUGAAAU